UAUCGUUAUUAGAGUUUACUGAUUUCAGACAUUUCAGUUAUUACCGUAAUACCGUGUUCGAAUAAGUUUGUUCUCGACGUUCUCGUUUUUUACCGUUUACCAGUUUUUUCCGAGUGACUGAUUAUCGCCGACACUUUGACAGUUUGAACACCGUCUGGCGUCUAUAUUACUCUAUGAGUUGGACGAUCAUUUCGCGAUGGAACCGGCAGCCGAAUCAAUAUCGGUGCGAUCUAUGCGCAUUAACGAAGUACUCAGUGGUCCGGCAAUUAUGGCCACAACAGCUCUAAACAAGGAACUGCUAUUCGACGCCAUCAUAUUGUUGUUUGACGAAUGCAACAAUGAAUUUAUGAAGAGUGAUCCACUGAUCACAAAUUUUGUGAACAAAUUUAAAAUGGCCAUACCCGAGUUGAAAUCUCUCAGAGUCAAUCGUUUGGAUUUUGAAUCUAAACAAGUGAUCGGUAAAGGACAUUUCGGAGAUGUAGAAUUAGUAGUGGAAAAACAUACCAAAGAUAUUUUUGCUAUGAAAGUGUUGAAAAAGGAUAAUUUGCUUAAUCACAGAGAUAUUGCUUUUUAUGAGUAUGAAAGAGAUAUUAUGGCAUCAUCGAGCUCUCCUUUUUUAACACAAUUGCAUUAUGCUUUUCAAGACUUUCAAAAUCUUUACCUUGUUAUGGACUAUCAUCCUGGAGGAGAUUUUGCAAAUUUAAUUGAUAAAUUUAAUGGUACACUACCAGAAGAAACAGCCAAAUUUUAUAUUGCUGAACUCUUAUUAGCUGUUAAACAUCUGCAUACAAUGGGCUUUGCUCAUCGUGACAUUAAACCUGAAAAUAUGAUGUUAGAUCGUGUUGGACAUUUGAAAUUAGUUGAUUUUGGUUCUUCAGCAAAACUUAACCGUGAUGGAAAAAUAUGUGUCCGUAUGCCUGUUGGUACUUCAGAGUAUUUAGCACCCGAAGUCUUAAUAUUUAUGCAGUCAAAUUCUAAAUCAAUGGAAGGUUAUGGACCCCAGUGUGAUCUAUGGUCUGUUGGCAUUGUUGCAUAUGAGAUGGUAACUGGAGAUACUCCAUUCAAUUCUGAACAACAAGCAGUUAUCUAUUCAAAUAUUUUAAAUUUUGACAAUAUUUUGAAGUAUCCUAAUAAUUUAAAAGUAUCAUCAUCUUAUAGACAGAUGAUUGAGUCUUUGGUAUGUCAUGUAGACAAAAGAUUUACUGUUGAUAUGAUGUUAGAUUUGGAUAUUUUUUCCAAAAUAAAUUUCAAUAGCUUACAUGACCAGGUACCCCCUUACAUUCCAUCACUUUCGUCUGAUAAUGAUGUUUCUAAUUUUCCAAUACACGAACGUGUUCGUCCAGCAUUGAAUAUAAAUGAUUUCAAAAAACAAAAACACUUCUCUGGCAGAGAUCUUCCAUUUAUUGGUUUCACAUACAGUAUGCAAGUAUCAAAACGAAAUCAAUCAUAUUUUAUGACCAAUAAUCCAGAAUUAGAAACAUCCAUUAAAAUAAAGCGUAAAGAAUUAGAAGAUGCUCAAGUUUUAAUUCAAGCAUAUGAAGAAAAGUUAGCAGAAUAUGAUUCAUUAUUUGUUGACAAUGAACAGAAGAUUAAAAAAAUGGAAGAAGAAAAUGUUUUAUUACAUGUAGAUGUAACUUCAUUAAGUAGUGAAUUAGGCAGAUUAACUAAAAUCAGUGAAACUAGUGAUACUAGUCGUGAAGAUAUGAAUAUUACACAAAAAAAGCAAGCAGAAAUGGUUAAAAAUGAAAUUGAUAAAUGGGAAAUUAAAACAAUUAAUGAGUUAUAUAAUAUAGAGGAACUAAAAGUACAAAAUGAAGAUCUACAAGCCCAGAACAGUGAAUUACAAUCACAACUAUUUAAACACCAAGAUGAUAUCAAGAUAUAUCAAAGCAACGAAGAACAACUAAAUAAAAAAAUUAUCAAGCUUAAAUCAAAAUUAAAGCACAUGGUACGUCGAUCAAAACAGUUGACCGAAGAAAAUAGCAUUGAUAAUCAUGUUUCUGCAUUGAUAUCUGAAAUGAAAAUUAAAGAAGAUGCAUUUGAAGUUGAAAAAAAUAAAUUAAAUGCUGAUAAUCAAUGUCUCAAAAAAAAAAUUGUUGUUAUGGAAAAAGACUUGGAAAGUUUAAAUGUCAAAAUAUCUCAAUAUGCAGAAAAAGAGCUUGCUGUAUUAUCUGAGCAUAAAAAUAUUUGUAAUAAAAUGACUUCUGAUUUCGAAUCAAAAUUGAAUUGUUUAACUCAAGAAAAAGAUAAUGAAAUUGAAAAGUUACAUUUACAAAUAGCUCAGCUGCAACAACAAAACUGUUGUAUAAACAGUGAAUCUUUACUUUCUUUUGAAAAACACGAGACUGCAAUCUCUGCAAAAGAAAAUGAAAAAGAGUUAGAAACAGAGUUGCGAAAUCGAGAACAAGAAAUUCGUGAUUUAAAACUAGACUUGAGAAUACUGCAAAGAAAAUAUAAAACAAUGGAAGAUAAUAUUAGUAGUCUCAGAGAAUAUCACAAAGAUGCACGAAAUAAUUUCAAGCAAGAAAUUGCUAAAUUACAAGAAGAAAAUAAAUUGCAAAUUAAAAAUAAAGAAGAUGAACUUAAGUCUUUGCAAGAUAACAUUACAAAUCUCAAUCAAAAUAUAGAAACAUUACAACUGAAAUAUGACAAGGAAGUAGGUGAACGCCAAAGGCUAAGUAACGAGUUGACUAAGAUAAAUAAUGAAUCUAAACUCCAAAUCAGUGAAAAAUCUGCUCUUGAAAGACAAAUUCUUGAGUAUAAAACUAAAUUUAAUAAAAGUGAAACUAAUAUUAAGACAUUACAAGAACUAGUUACUGUUCAAGAUGAACAACUUGAAGGCUUCGAAGAAACUAUUUUAACCUUUAAAAACAAAGAAAAACAGUUUUUGGAAGACAUUAAAUCCAAACAGAAUGAAAUAGAUAAAAUAAGAAAUGAAGUGCGUGAAGCAAAAAAAAUGUAUAAUGAAGAAAAAUCAUUGAGAAUUUUAGCUGAAAGUAGAGGAAAGACUUUUGAAAGUGUACAAGAUAAUGUUAAAGCAGAAUUGAAAUUAUUAACAGAUAGAGUCCAUGAUAAGAAUGUAGAAAUUGAUGCAAUGAAAAAACAGUUGGAUGAAGUUAACUCCGAUUUAAGAGAUAAAAGUACGAUGUUUUAUACAUUACAAAUUGAAUCCGAAAAGGUCAUUAAGGAGCUGAAUAGAAUGAAGGCGGAAAUAUCUGAAACUAUAAGUCAAAAACAGUUAUUGAAAGAAGCCAAUGUUCGGUUAACUGCUCAGUUAGAAGCUAUGGUUGAAGAUUCAAAUGUUAUGCAAAACGUUAUUUCAAAAUAUAAGAAUGGUUUGAUGGAACAAAAAGUUUACUAUGAGGAACGUUUAAUAAAGGCAGAUGCUACUAUUCUCCAACAAACAAAGCUUAUUGAUUUCUUACAAACUAAGUUUGAUGAAAUGACCAAAAAAAAGAGGACAUUGGGUGAUAUGUUGUUCAGCGGUAAAAAUAAAGAAAAUAUUGAUCAAAAAGAAAUUGAAUUUCUAUUGAAUUCUGAGCGGAGUAAAUCUAAAGAUCUAGCAAAUAAACUUUAUCAAACUCAAGCUGAAUUGAAUAUGGUGAGAACACAAGGUCCAUUGACACCUUUAGUGCCCACUCGUCUUAAUUUUGAAGCUAAUUCACCUGCCUAUAGAAAACUAACUACUAAAACAGUAUCUCAAUCUCAGACAUUUCACAAAUUUGAAGUGAAAAUAUGCAAGCGUGAUGGAUUACAAUGUUCACACUGCAAAACUGAAAUUGUAAGUAGGCAACAAAUAAGUCAAUGUCAAGAGUGUAGGGUGUCUACACAUGUAACAUGCUCACACGAGUUAUUACCUGAUUGCACUCCUAUAAAAAAAGAAGAAGAAACAACUAAACCUAUUCUAAGUGAUAAUAAGAAGAAAACUGAGAUUGAAUCAUGGGUUACUAUUUGGGAUAACACUAAACAGAUUUGGGAUCGAAAAUAUGCAAAAUUCGAACAAGGGAUCCUACAAAUUCUCAAUGACAAAUAUGAUUCUCAACCAUUCUAUACUCUACCUUUGAUGAUGUCAUCAAAUAUUGUUAAAAUUGUUGAUGUAGCGGAAUCAAAUGAUUCAACAUUUGACCGAAAUUCUAAUGAAGAUUACGAUCAGAUGUUAAAAAUAGAAGUUUACAACUUGAACACUGGGUGGAUGACUUUAUUUUUGUACAUUAUUGUGUCUAGCGUGACUGAAAAACAGAAUUGGUUGAGUAUAAUUAAAGAGUUCUUAGAUAAUAGUGAAUGUGUUGCUCAAUCACAACAAAAUCAUGACUAUAAAGAUAAUAUAUACACUUUUCACAAAGAGAAAUUACUUAAUGUUAACUGCAUUCAUCAAAUAUCACAAAGUGUAUUCUUAUUAGGUGCUGUUGAAGGAUUAUUUUCAGUGCAUAUAAAAUCUGAGAAUGAGCAAAUUAAACAUGAUCUCGUCCCAAUAGUUGGACCAAAAUUAGUCAAUGACUUUGUCUUCUUGCCCAAACUUCAAUUAGUUUUAAUGAUUGCUGGAACCACUAAAGAACUAUUAAAGUGUAAUAUGAGAACUGUUGUUCUAAAUUCUGAAUUAAGUCAAAUGUCAAAGCCAGUUAUUGAUGUAGUUCGUAUUGUAGACGAAAUACGCAAUAAUCAACCAUCUAAGAAUAAUACCACUAUGUCUGAAUUGAAAGAAAUUAACUGUAUUGCAGUUUCGCGCUGUAAUGAAUUGGUGGUUAUAGGAUCUGAACAUAGUGUUACUGUUUUAAAAUGGCAAGAUACACAGUUUGUUGUAACUAAAAUAUUGAAAACCAAUGUUCCAACUAAUUGCAUUUGCUUUAUGCCCAGUGGAAUUAUAUUUACUACCAAUAGCUUUUACAAAAUUGAUAUCGACAAUUUCAGUUGCAAAAGAUUUUUUACCGAUUCACUUGCCAAGUCACACGAUUAUCGACCCAUGUUUGUGUGUGAAUUGACGAAAAACAAGGAAUAUCUUUUAUGUUACAAUGUGUAUGGAGUGUUUGUCGACUCAGAUGGCAAAAAAACCCGUGGUGGUGAAAUGAAGUGGCCAUAUAGUCCAAAUAGUUUUGCUUUCAAAAAACCAUUUUUAAUAAUUGUAUCUGAAUCUGAAAUUUGUGUCAUAAAAAUUACCCAGUCUUGUUGUGUGGAUGAAGAUACAUGGAGUAUUACAUCAACUAAACAACCAAAAGACAAAGCAGUUUUGACUAUAAACCGUCCAAAACUAUUAAGAGGUAGUGAUAUUUGUUUGACAAACACAAAUGAUUUUCAAGGUACAUGUAGUAUCUUUCAGUUGGAUCCAUCUAAAAUUAUUAAAAACUCAUUAACUUCAAAUGAUACCAUAGACACAUUAGGCACGCAAGAUACAUGCGAUGAAUCAGAAUUUAGUUUUACUUCUUCCAUGUUGGAAAAUUUAGAUGAACCAGAAGAAAAUCAAAAAAAAGUAUGCUUUAAUCCUAACAUACAAUUUAACAAUAAUUAAAAAUUUGUUUUUAUUAUUAUUUAUUUAGAUAACUGUUUUAAAAUCUAAAUUUAUUUUUGUAUUAUUUAUUUUACUAUUUUUUAAGUAUUUUUUGUUUUAUUUUAUUAACAAAACUAAUAAAGUUUUGUUUCAAAAGUAUUUUUCACAAUAAGAUAGUGAAUCAUUUGUUUUUUUUUUUUUUAUUUAUAAAACUCGUAUUUUAAGUCAAUCACGUUUUUGUAAUAAACAAAUUAAUGAAAAUUAAUUAAAUUAAUUCUUCUAAAAAAA